AUGAGACCCAUCGGAACAUCAGCAUUACCAGAAGCCAAUGAGGCUGAAAAGAAAGAUCCCAAAGAAUGCAACCACGUCCAUGAUAAUAAGAAGUCACACGGCAAAUGCCGUAGUAGAUUCAAGGGACGUGGCCGUGACAGAUAUGGCCGACAAGGAAACCACAAUAACCAUGGUCGUGGUUCCAGCCAUGGCCGAGGUAAUUAUGGCUGUGGUCGAGGUGGCAUAUCCAAACCGUCUUACUCGACCAAAUCAGCUUGUCACAGAUGCAGGAUGAAAAACCAUUGGGCAAAGAAUUGUAGAACCCCUAAACAUCUAUGUGAGCUAUAUCAACAGAGCCUUAAGAACAAGAAUCCGGAAUCCCAUAUGGUUCAUGAUACCAGGUAUGAUGUUGAUGAUGAUUCCGACCUUGAAAGGGACGACCUCUUGGAUUUUGAGACUUCUGAUUGUCUCAAAGACUAA